AAUGUUCAUGAAGGUGAAAGAUUUCCAAACAGUUGCCAGCGGGGGAAGCUGUCGAAGCUGGGCGGUGGAGUGGCUGGACAGUGGACAGUGGAGACCGAGGCGGAAGGCGGAAGGAGAGCGGACCGUGCGGGCGGAGCAACAACACGCUGGACGCUGGACGCGGAGGUCUGGCAUAGCGUCGUCAUGCGACAACAGUGGAAGUGAUUGCGCCGCCGUUCAAACCAGACCUCACGAUCCAUACUUGAAAAUGGCAUCACCGCCGCUGGUCGAGGACCAAGCGCGCCUACUGGAAGAUGCUCUGACCGUCGUGCGCCAGCAGACCGUCUUGAUGCGCCGCUGCCUGGACACGCCGGGCAAGCUCAUGGAUGCUCUCAAAUGCAGCUCUACCCUCGUAUCCGAACUACGCACCUCGAGCCUCGGCCCCAAGCAGUACUACGAGCUGUACAUGUCCGUCUUCGAUGCCCUGCGCCAUCUCGCCGUCUACCUGCGCGAUUCUCACCCCACCAACCAUCUCGCCGACCUGUAUGAACUCGUUCAAUAUGCCGGCAACAUCGUCCCGCGUCUAUACCUCAUGAUCACCGUCGGCACCGUCUACAUGGGAAUCGAGGACGCCCCUGUCAAGGAGAUCAUGAAGGAUAUGAUGGAAAUGAGCAGAGGUGUUCAACAUCCUAUCCGUGGUCUCUUCCUACGCUACUACUUGAGUGGUCAAGCUAGAGACUACUUGCCUACCGGGCCUGGCCAAGGCCCAGAGGGCAACCUCCAGGACUCGGUCAACUUUGUCCUUACCAACUUUGUCGAGAUGAACAAGCUCUGGGUCAGGCUGCAACACCAGGGCCAUUCAAGAGAGCGUGAACAACGCACCAAAGAACGUCAAGAGCUGCAAUUGCUUGUUGGUAGCAAUUUGGUCCGCCUUAGCCAACUGGUUGACCUUGAAGCCUACAAGUCGUCUAUCCUCCAGCCCUUGCUUGAGCAGGUCGUCCAGUGUCGCGAUGUGCUUGCUCAAGAGUAUCUGCUCGAGGUCAUCACUCAGGUCUUCCCUGACGAGUUUCAUCUGCAUACCCUUGAUCAGUUCCUCUCUGCCACCGCCCGUCUGAACCCUCAUGUCAACGUCAAGGCCAUUGUUAUUGGCCUGAUGGACCGUCUUGCUGCCUAUGCCGCUCGCGAAUCCGAAUCCGAUGCCCCCGAAGAUCGCGAGAAGGCCGAAACAGAAGCCACUGCAAAGUUGCUCGAAAAGAUGAAACUCGCCUCAGACGCCACUUCGGCCCCGACCGAUGACCAAACCACGCAUCAAAACGGAGAUUCGAAACCUGGAGAUGAGGCUUCGAGCGAGGCUGCACCAGAGACUCUUGCAGAGGACGCGAGCAAGACCGAGCUAGCAGAAAUCGACGGUGAAUCUAAGAAGCAACGAGGUAUCCCGGAUAACGUACGUCUCUUUGAGGUGUUCCACGAGCAGGUCAUCCAUCUUGUCAGCAUGCAAAGGCUGCCAAUUCAGGACAUCACUGCGCUUCUGGUCUCACUCAUCAAUCUUGCUUUGAAUAUCUACCCCGAUCGACUAGAGUAUGUCGACCAGGUCUUCCAAUACGCCAACAAGGAAGUCUCGAGGUUCGCGAAUUCGGCUGAUCUCCAUUCUCAAGCUUCUCAGGCAAAUUUGUUGAAUUUGCUUCUCGCGCCUGUGAAGACUUAUGUCUCCCUCUUUACAGCUCUUGCCAUUCCGAGCUUCAUACCUCUUCUCCAUGCUCAGCCAUAUCCCACCCGCCGAUCAGUUGCUGGAGAAGUUGCACGGAGCCUGUUGAGGAACGAGACCGGGAUAUCGACCCCCGAAAAUCUACAGGGAGUGCUAGAGAUUGUCAAGGUUUUGAUCAAGGAAGGAAUGCAACAACCUUCUGGAUACCCCGGUGGGCCUGUACGAAGAGCCGCUGCAGAGACUGAUGAGACUGUGGAAGAGCAAGGAUGGCUUGCGCGCCUGGUACAUCUCAUCCGUGGCGAGGAUUGCAAUACUCAGUUCAAAUUGCUCCAGCUCACACGCGAUGCGUAUGCUCAAGGUAGUGAGCGCAUCAAGUACACCACCCCUGCGUUGAUUACCGCAUCACUCAAGCUUGCGCGCCGCUUCAAGGCCCGUGAACAUCUUCAAGACGAUUGGUCGAGUCAGUCUUCUGCGCUCUACAAGUUCUGUCAUACUCUCAUCUCCACACUAUACACAAGAGUGUCUACGCCGGGCGUUCCAGAUCUCGCGUUGAGGCUUUUCAUUUCGUGUGGUUCCGUGGCGGACCAGUGUGGUUUUGAGGAAGUCUCGUACGAGUUCUUUGCGCAAGCCUUUACCGUCUAUGAAGAGAGCAUCAGCGACUCAAGAGCUCAGUUCCAGGCCAUUUGCGUUAUUGCGCAGAGCCUUAGUGGCGCGCGUAACUUCAGCAGAGAGAACUACGAUACGCUCAUUACAAAGUGCGCGCUUCAUGGCAGUAAAUUGCUCAAGAAGCCUGAUCAAUGUCGUGCUGUAUAUUUGGCCAGUCAUCUUUGGUGGUCUGUGGAGAAGAAUGCAGAAGAAAGCGAGGAGAGCAAGGAGAACAAGGAAGGCAAAGAGCUCUAUCGCGAUGGCAAGAGAGUGCUCGAAUGUCUGCAGCGUGCCCUGCGUGUCGCCGACGCCUGCAUGGAUACGGCAGUCUCAGUAGAACUAUUCGUCGAGAUUCUCAACCGUUAUGUCUAUUACUUUGACCAGGAGAAUGAUGCUGUAACGACGAAAUACCUCAAUGGAUUGAUUGAGCUCAUCCACUCGAACCUCAACACCAACGAAAACAGCUCCAGUCUCGACAACCCAAGAAGACAUUUCCAGCGGACACUGGAUUACAUUGCGGGCAGAGAGUAUGCCGGUGUCGAGACGCGACCUAAGUGAGGAAAUGUAGAUAAUAUGC